AUAGUAUCAGAAUUUCGUCUAGCAAAGGUCAACGCCAGACGCUCUGAAGCUAGCAGAAAUGUUAAUCUUCAGAAACGGUCAGCUUCCAGUACAAACGUUUCGCUAGUGGUCAACAGACAUACUAAAGAUACUUCGUUUGAUACGGUUUAAAGUUGAUAAUGGUUCUCACGCGAGUUAUUUGUCUUACAUUUCUUGUAAGCGGACUUUUAAGUGUAGCAGCCAUUGCGCAUUCCAAAGUGUCAUUUCUGAAGCUAUCAACAUGCCAAGAAUUCGACAUAGACUCGUCAGAAUGUCAGCAUUACUUCCCGAUUGAUGUCUUUAAAAACAACAUAUCGAGUGAAUACAAACUCCAUUUAACAUUUUAUGUAAUGACGACCAAUGAUGCUAAUAUUGUGCUUACGAAUGGGAAGAAUCGAGGCACUGUUCGGUACACUGCUGUUGUUGGUGGUGCAGCUAAUACAUACUCGUGGCUUAGAAAUACGAAUGAUACCACAGUGGGAUUAGACAGUCAUAAAACCGGAAUACUAUCACCUCUUUGGCCAGCUCCCAUUGUUGUCCGCCAAAAAUAUAAUGGACAGCUAUCGGUGGCAAUUCCUGGCGUCAUAGAUCCUCUUCUGAGAGCUGAUGCUUCCGAUUUGGAAGUGAAAUCAGUCUGUCUUUAUGCAUGGAAAGCUGCAAGUCGAUGGUUUUAUAAUUGCAAUGAAGAUGCUGAGUAUACAUCGCCAGAUGGCUACACAUGCGUCAAGAUUUAAUGAUGAAACAGAUGAAAGAUAUCAAUAUGAAGUGGAUGUGAAAUGAGAAAAUUUUAUUUAAUAAAUAUAAUCAAAUUUGAGUA